AGGGCUCUGUAAGCAAAAAUGUCAGCUUUCACUUGUGUGUUGAGGUACCCAAUUUGUAAAGUUUUUCUCUUACCUAAGAGGACUGAAAAAAUACUUAAGUAUGAAAUUUUUACUAAUGUAAUGCGUAUUUCUUUAUCAAAACAUUUGUCUCAGACCACAUUAAGUUCUUCACUUGAAGAUGAAGAGUUCAGAAAACUUGAUUUGUUGACAAAAGGCCGUCAGAAUCGGAAAGGCAGGCAGAGGGGUGGUGUGAAGACAGAGAUACUACCCCCAAGAUACAAAAGGAUGCCUUUUGACCAAGACUGGAAUUCUGUAUGGCCAACAGCACAGAGUUUUAAACCAUCUACUGUUCCACUUCCCCUGUUACAAGGCUUUGUGAAAACUGGUGCACCCCCUGAUAAGUACGCAAACACAGAGUUAAUGAAAAUACCAAAUUUCCUUCACUUAACACCUCCAACCAUUGAAAAACACUGUGCUGCUCUUAAAAAGUUUUGUACACCUUGGCCUAAACAAUUAAAAACAGAUGAAAUCUGCGAUAAAGAAUUUCCAGUGGAAAUUAUAACAAAUGAUUACUGUCAUGCUGGACCAUCUAUCCGUGACUCCAGGGCAAGGAUUGUGACUCUGAAGGUAAAACUGUCAGUCUUGCCACUAGACUACCAUGCCAAAGACAAACUACUUCGUCUAGUAGCAGACCGAUAUGACCCCACUAACGAUGUACUUUCAAUCACUGUAGACAGGUGCCCUCUUCGGAAGCAGAACUAUGACUAUGCCUGCUACCUGUUGACAGCACUAUUUUAUGAGUCGUGGAAAGUAGAACCUUGGGAGUCUGAAAAGACUGAAGCUGAUAUGGAGAAAUAUUUCUGGAAUGGAAGUCGGUCACAAAAGGCAAUUGUAAGCACUUUUAGAUGGAUGCAAGGAACUGUGCCUUAUGAGGUUUCUGAAACAGAUAUAUUGGCCCAAAAAGUGGCUGAGCACUAUGGAGAGGCAGUUUCUAGUAUCUACAACAAUGGAGAAAGCUCUGAAACUUUGCAGCAUUACAAAGAUGCUGCUUGUCAACUUUUGAACAUUACCCAGGAGAAGAUGUCAUGACUUUUGAAAUGUUUAAAAUAAUCCAAAUAGUGUAAUUAGAUAUCAUGGUCCAUCAUUACAGAAGGCUUCAUUAUGAACUAGUUGAGUUUCAAAAGAAGACAAGUUCAUUUAAUGACAUCAUUUAAUCUGUUGUAAUUUUGUUUAUUACUUACUUUGUACUACAACAUAUUCUUACAUUUGGGUUUCAGCAGUAAAGUUUUAGUUUUUGUUGUUAGUGGAAACAAUUGUAUAGUAGAUUUUUUUGUGCAUUUCAAAUAAUCACAGGAAUAUAAGAACCCCCCCCCCCAACCUCCCAUAGUAGUUUGAUAUGUAUAAUUAGUAGCAACUUUCUAUCUGAGUGUGGUAAAAUUUAGUUGCUACUUCUCACGAUUAGUAAAAUUAACUGAUAGGUUUGGAAUCAACACUAAAUAAGUUAACAUUUUGUACAUAAACAUGUAUAAUGUGUUUCAACUAACACUGGUGAUAAUAGAUUACCUCUGUUGAUGAGUAUAAGGUUUUGUUUUUUGCCAUCUAAGAUUUAAAGCAUAGGUUGAAAGUGAUAAAACAUCAUAGUUUAUUUUUCUUUAUGUGUACUAGAUUUGGCAUGUAACUUAAUGUUAUAAUAAAAUCUGUGAAUUCUUUA